GUGCAGACAUUACUUCAGCAAAUGCAGGACAAAUUUCAAACCAUGUCUGACCAAAUAAUUGGAAGAAUUGAUGACGUGAGCUGUCGAAUUGAUGACCUGGAGAAGAACAUAGCAGACCUGAUGAUGCAAGCAGGGGUGGAAGAAUUGGAAGGCGAGAACAAGACCCCUGCUCCUAACAAGAGUUAAAGUUGCCAGUAACUUAAGAUGAAUCCUGGAAGACUUUUUGUUUUUCUACAAAUCCUUGGGAUUACAGAAGAGCUUUUUGCAACUAUCGUGUGUAAAAGCAUUUUUAUAUUGUUACAGAGCUUGCAUUCCUAAUGUAUAUUGUAUAUUGUUAGGGAUAGGUUAGUUUAUAUUUUGACUUGUGUACUGUAAUUUCACUUUCUGAAUUCUUGUUAUGAGGAUCAAUUAGUUGUGUUAUUAAAACACAGAUCUUAUGGAUUUCAA